GUUUACAUCUUCUACUAUUUAACAGGGAGCAUAAACACUUCGAACAUUUAAAUUAUUGCAUCUGUGCUCACAUGUCUAUGGAUACUCGCUGGUCUCCAAACUGGCAGGUUUGAUGAUUUUUUCUCUCUGAGAAAAAAAUGCAGGGAGAUGAAGCGGACGAUGGUUACAUGGGUGAUUUGUCUCAAUUCCUUCCGCCCGAUGAAAUCGCCAGGCUGCAAGCGAAAGAAAAAGAAAGUGAGAAUAUAGGCUACAAAGGAAAGUUAAAACGGAAGGAAAGGAGAAAGCUCACGAAAGAGGACCAACAGAAGAAGGAAUUUGAACAGCUCAAAAGGGGGUUCAAUUCUGCCAUACCUUCAACAAACAUUGGCUUUAAAAUGCUUCAGCAAAUGGGUUAUAGCCCGGGUGUUGCUCUUGGAAAGAAUGGGCAGGGGAUGAUUGAGCCAGUCAAGAUUGACAUCAAGAGAUCAAGGACCGGUCUUGGACUAGACAACAUGGUGAAAGAGAAGCAGAUUGAGAAGGCCAAGGAAAUGGAGAGGAUUGCUCAGAAGAGGAAACUGAAUGAGAUAAAGAUGAUGUCAGAGUUUGAAGAGAGAAACAAUUUGUUAUGGCGAUGCAAAAAAAUAGUGACGAAUUAUAAGAAAGCCAAAGCUGCACUGUCUCAGCUGGAGGAGGCUAAGUAUGGGAAGGGAUACGAGAGUGAGCAGGAUGCUGAAGAUACUGUAGAAGAGGAAGAGGAAGAGGAGAAAGUAACUGCGCAGGAAUUGCAAGAAGUAUUAGACAGAUUGAGGACUGAAUUCCAUUAUUGCUUGUACUGUGGUUGUCAGUAUGAAUCUGUGGAUGCAUUGCUUUCAAACUGUCCUGGGACUGAAGAAGAGGAUCACUAAUGUCAUGUUGACUAUUCUGAUUUUUAUGCAUAGAUUUGCAUCUAUCGUUUGAGGCAUUUGCAUGAAGAUCAUUUAGGUUUCAUCGCUUUGCAAGCAUCAAAAGCUAUUGCAUAUCAUCAAGAUGUGAGCUUUGAAACGUAUUGUGAUUCAUCAAAGACCACAAACAAGAAAGCUUCAAGACUACAACAUUACAGAGAUCUUAGGAAUACCUGGAUUUUGGGGCAUUGGCCUUGCAUUGAAGUUCCAAUCAUUGUUGCAGGAUUCUUGAUCUCUGAAAUAGCUACCUUGAGCAAACAAUUUCCAUUGUCUAAAUGUUUCAUCCAUUUUGGUUUUGAAUAUUAUCUGGCAAUAGAGUUUGUUCUUCAGUCUUGAAUCAUGUAACAUACAGUGAUGUUUCUUGCAAUUUGUAAUCAUACAUCCUUCAUGAUCAUAUAUUUGACCAGAAGAAGCAAAAUGACAUUUGAUGGUUUGGAAAAUUGAAUAUUUAUGUCA